AUGACUGGGUGGGAGACCGCUACACCCGCAGUGUCAGAGACCUCAGACAUUGCGCUGUCGGGGAAACGGAGCUCUGCUGACGCGCGGAUCAACUGUAUUUCCCUUCACGGUUGUCGCAGUGGGAACGCCCCUGCCGAGCACAGCAGGGAGGAACGCAGAGUCCUGCUGAAUGCCGUCAUCAACCGUUGUCCCUGGGGAAGACUCAGCAGGCUUUGGAUGAGCAGGGACCUGAAGCUGCAGGCUGUGGGUGUGUUCCCGCCCAGUGAUUCAGGCCAUCCCUCGGCAAGGUGCUCCCACCCCACGUCUCUCAGGAAUGAGUGUUUUGCUGAUGAGCUCAUCUGUGACGCCGAGGGCUCCUGCAACUCCCACGCCAUCAAGAAGCAUGAGCUGGACCGUGUGGCCAAGUCUAACCGCUCAUUUCCUACUGCUGCCUAA